AUGCCCGCCAAGGAUGCGCUCGCGCACAUCUCGAAGCUACUGGUGCUGUCGUAUAUUGUUGAUUGGGUAUUCAUCGUUGGAGUCGCCCUGAUCGGCUACGGAUUCUAUAAGCUGGAUCCCAACCAGCACCCUUUCUCCCUCACGGACCCGACCAUCUCCUUCCCCUACACCGAGCAUGAGACUGUCACCAACGAGACCCUUGUCCUUGUCGGCUUGUUUGCGCCAGCCAUCAUUAUCCUAAUCGGGACUUUGUUGCUCAUCUCGGGUACCGCUACGGUCGCGGGCACAAAGUCGUCCAAAUCGCAGCUCUUGCGCCGCACGCUCUGGGAGUGGAAUGUGGGUUGGAUGGGACUGGCUCUUGCUCUGGCAGGCGCCUGGAUGUCUACACAAGGAUUGAAGACUCUGCUCGGAAAGCCACGUCCGGAUCUGCUGGCACGAUGUGACCCAGAUGUCAGCACAAUCGCCCAGCAUGUGGUCGGCGGCCUCGGUGAGCGCCCUGAGGGGGCCCCGGUUCUGGUGGACUGGGGGAUCUGCCGGGAUCAAUCCUACAACCUGCGCGUUGAUGGGUUCGCCAGCUUUCCUAGUGGCCAUUCAUCCUGUGAUGACCUGACGAACAAUUGCUCAUUCAAUACCUCGCUAGUUUCUUUCGCCGGACUUGGCUAUCUGACACUAUGGCUAGUUGCGAAACUCUCUGUCGGAUUUCCCUACUUGCCUCAAUUCCCAGUCGAGGGACAAGAUCAUAGCGAUGACCGAUGUUCAGUCCGCACGCGUGGUGCCGCACCCCCUGUGCUGCUGAUGAUCCUCGCUUUCGUACCCACUGCUACGGCAUUUUUCAUCUCAGCAUCCCGCUGGUUCAACUACCGGCACCAUGGGUUUGAUGUUAUAUCUGGAUCUCUCAUUGGAAUCGUCUUUGCCUAUAUCGGUUUCCGAAUGUACUACAUUCCCAUCCGCCGUGGAGCAGGUUGGGCAUGGGGCCCUCGAAGUCACCGCAGGGCAUUCAUCCGAGGAAUUGGAUUCCCAAGCUCUCUCGGGACGGACAGCUGGUCGUAUAACCGCACCACUCAGCCCACCCAAGCUACCAAUGCUACUGGCCACAGUGAGCCCGAACCCGAUGUUGAAAACAUCCCGGUGAGAGACCAGACCGAACAAGUGGCU